AUGGGUGAAGCGUUUUACACAUCCAACUUCGAUGUCAAUGAUACUUCGACUACAAUCAUCUUCAACGUUUUUCGAGGCGAGCCCGAGGCGCUACGGAUGCAGCUAGAGGCAGCUUUCAAUCAAGAGGAUGUGGUGCCGUCGGAUGUGUGGGUCAUGUGUUUCAAUUCGCCCAAUCGACUGUUGUACGAAGCCAUCUUUCACGGCCGCUUCUUGCUGGCGUACAUGGCGACGACCAAGUACGUACUGAUCGUGGAUGACGACCGCCCCAUUGAUUUCACAACUGUGAUCGACUACAUUCGGUACAUGCAGCACCAGAAGGGUGUUUGGGGAAACUUCGGUCAUCGACGAUCAUCUACUUUCGAAGGCUACAAGAGCUGGCCGUUCGUUGGAUACGAUCUCUCAGCCACCAAUAUGGAGGAGCAGGACUAUCUCUGCGGCAUGUGGUUUCUGGAACAAACGUGGCUCGAGUACUUCAUGAAGGAGCGCGUGCCGUCCUGGGCUACAUCGGAGGACAUGCACCUCUCACAUGUGAUGAGGAAGUAUCUGAAUUUGAACACGUAUGGGGGAAGAGAGUUCAUAUUCGACCAUCAACUUGGUCGCGGCAACAAGUUGGCGGAUGUAGACCAGCCGAUUGACACGCUCGUGUACGCUGAGACUCCUCAAGAUAUCGAGGGUUUCUUACUGAAAAUGGAUGAGUGUUUGUCAAGUGACGCGGUAUACGCCACCAAAGCUUCCGAUAUGACCCCGUGGUGCAACGUGGGUAGAACUGCUGCAGUUUUCCGUGGUGCCAAGGAGCAAGAUGUUAACGGCCUCAUCGCAGCCGCCGAGAAGCUUUGUGCUAGAACCAACUGCGUGUACUUUAGCGUCAAGCCCAACAUCCAACAUGGUAUCCGAUACUUCAACAUGCGCGAAGGCUACGGCCAAGUAAGUACAGACGUGGAAAUCCCGUUUCAGACUGGAGCAUCAGAUGUGUUAGUAUCACUGGUGGGCAUCCUGAACAAUGUAUUGCCCGAGAAGUUGUUCGUGCCUGAUGUGGAGUCCACGUCGUGGCCGGAGACGGACGCGUCAAAGCACGACCGGCUGCAGAUCUACCACAGCACGGUGAUACUGGCUAUCGAUAUCCAUCGGAACUCCAAGACGAAUGGCAAGUGGAGCCACCGCAAUGACGAAGCUGAACAGUUUCCUGAGGGAAUGGAGGUGUUUGGGUGGCACGUCUAA